AUGGCCGCACCUGCAGUCGAGGUUGCCGCCCCUCACGCACAGCCGGAGGAGCCUAUCACCAGCCCCGCGCACCUUGACGGCGUGGCCUAUCUGUACGGCCACCCGCUGCUCAACUCGCUCUCGCCGCCCCUUCACCAGACCGUCUAUAAUGCCUUGGGCCUGAACUGGUCGCAGAUCCCGCUGUCCAGCGUGAGUGGCACAUCGGCGACCUACCCGCCCCCCUUCACGCGGUCCCCUGCCAUCCACACCUUCUUGGCCUCCAUUAAGGCCAACCCCAAGUUCGUCGGCUCAUCGGUGACGAUGCCGCACAAGGUCGCCAUCAUGCCGCACCUGGAUGACCUGACCGAGCACGCCCGGCAGGCCGGCGCCUGCAACACCAUCUUCCUGCGCAAAGACCCAGCCACCGGCGCGCGCCAGUAUGUCGGCACCAACACCGACUGCGACGGCAUCCGUGAGGCGCUGACCCAAAACGCACCCGAUGCCUCUCGCUUCCGCGGCCGGCCCGCGCUGAUCAUCGGCGGGGGCGGCACCGCUCGCACCGCCAUCUACGUGAUGCGCCGCUGGCUCGGCUCCAGCCGCAUCUACAUCGUCAACCGGGACGCCGCCGAGGUCGCCACCAUCAUGGACGAGGACCGGGCCCGCAACCCAGAUCCCAAUGCCCAGGCUCUGCUCCAUUACAUUACUGACCCCGUCGAGGCUGCCCGCCUCGAGGCCCCCGCCGCGAUCGUCUCCGGCAUCCCCAACUACCCGCCCAAGACCGCCGAGGAGCAGAACGCCCGCGCCGUGAUCCAGUCAUUCCUCGGCACCGCCGCCGAUGCCCCUAAGCAGCAGGGCGUUAUCCUGGAGAUGUGCUACCACCCCGUCCCGUGGACGGAGAUCGCCCAGCUGGCGUCCACCGCGGGCUGGAAGGUUAUCCUUGGCUCGGAGGCCCUGAUCUGGCAGGGUCUGGAGCAAGCGCGCCUCUGGACUGGCAAGGACGUGGUUGGCACGCCCGGAGUCGUGGAUGCCGUCAAGGCCGUUGUCAAUGGAUCCGUUGCUGAGCGCGCAGCGGCGGCUCAGAAGGCCUCUUCCCACCUGUAG